AUGCCGCGCAUGCAACUCGGCCCCGAACUUGACUACAAUAAGGAAAUUGAUGAAUUUACAGGACAUCUUCUUCAAGCCCGCUUGGCGAACUUUUGGAAGGCCAUAUACGCUGGCUGCUGCCAUUUUCAAUAUGACGUUGUCGCAGCUGAGGAACGAUACGAAAAGUUUUGCCAUGAAUACCUCACCAUAAUACCAUCUGCUUUCGCGCUACAGCCCGACACUCAAUACGAUAAGCGUAUCUCGACACUCCCGAAACAAAGAGAAAUCUUCCAUAUUUCCAUACUUGAGUCUCUUUGCUACAACUUCUGGCCAGUGCUUAUGCAAAAGCUAAGCCACAUACGACCCUUCCCCAAAUAUAAGCAGGUCUUGCUACUAUCUCAGCAAAAGGCCCUUGCAAUUGCCGCGUUAUAUACUCUCAAGAGCACUUCCUCCCUUUAUGCUUUAAUGGGCAACUCCUAUACUCGCCUUGUACACAUUAUUCGACCGACUUUUGAAGCUGCAGUGCUCCUUGUGUACCUUUCCAUGGACCCAAGUCUGUUUAUGGGAGAUGGAAAUCAGCACUCCAGCCCAUCAAGGUUGGAUCCCCUGAGUGAUAGUAUGAUAGAUCUUAAGGAAGACCAGUGCACGAUCGCCAUUCAAAAGGCCAUCCACUGCUUGCAAACGCUGGCAGAUUUUAGUCACAUGGCUGAGAUAGUUUCACGGUCUCUCAUGCAACUUCUUCAAAAAACAACAAAGCAGCCUAGUACAGCUCUGAGAUUGGAAAAUAACGGACUAUCACAAGCAAAUGAAGCUUCAGGGAAUCCGCCAUCGCUGAAUUUUACUAAUUCAGACUCAAUAAAUUUGCCUGAUAUCACCAUGAUUGCUGCAUUUGAUCAUCCUGAUUUGAACUGGGAAGCAUCGACGCCUGAACUCGGGAACCUUUUAUCAGGUGAAUUCGAUCUCUGA